UUUGACGCCAACAAUAGGUUAUGUCGUUUUCUAUAUGGAAGUAAUAUUUACUUAAAUAAAUUCGCAAAUUAUUUGUUAUUAAAUAAUGGCUGGAAAUUUUUGGCAAAGUUCGCAUCAUCAGCAAUGGAUUUUAGAUAAACAAGAUUUAAUACGUGAACGACAGCAUGACUUAUCUAUUUUGUCAGAAGAGGAAUACCAAAAAAUCUUUAUUUUCUUCUCAAAUUUAAUUCAGAUUUUAGGUGAACAGCUUAAGCUUCGACAACAAGUUAUAGCAACAGCAACAGUUUACUUUAAGCGAUUUUACGCUAGAAAUUCUUUAAAGUGUAUAGAUCCUUUGCUCUUAGCACCAACUUGUAUAUUUCUCUCUUCUAAAGUUGAAGAAUUUGGAGUAAUAUCUAAUUCACGUUUAAUCACCACUUGUCAAACUGUGAUAAAGAAUAAAUUUAGUUAUGCGUAUGGACAGCAGGAAUUCCCAUAUAGAACUAAUCAUAUUUUAGAAUGUGAAUUUUAUUUACUUGAAAACUUGGACUGUUGUUUAAUUGUGUAUCAACCUUACCGACCAUUAUUACAAAUGGUGCAAGACAUGGGCCAUGAAGAGCAAUUAUUGACAUUAGCAUGGAGAAUUGUUAAUGACUCACUAAGAACAGAUGUUAGCUUGCUAUACCCUCCUUACCAGAUUGCUAUUGGAUGCUUGCAAAUUGCAUGUGUAAUACUUCAGAAAGAAAUGAAGAGCUGGUUUGCUGAACUCAAUGUUGAUAUGGAGAAGAUUCAAGAAAUUGCUAAAACUGUGAUAAACCUAUUUGAAUUAUGGAAGGGCUUUGAUGAAAAAAAAGAAAUUCAAGCAUUACUAGGAAAAAUGCCAAAGCCAAAACCAUCUCCACAGCGAUAA